AUGUUGUUUGAAAUUCUAGUAGCCUGUAUUUUAAUAUCACCGGUGGUGCAGCAUUACAUUGGGAAUCUUGAUGACUGUACUUUAUCGAAGACUUGCAACCACACCUUUGUUUCUCUCUGUGGUCACAACGAUGCCGAUAAAACUUACCGAAUGUUUUUGGAUAAAUGUGACAUGAAUGAAUACAAUUGCGUUAAUAAUAAAUCAUAUGUCGAAGCAGCUACCGAUUUGUGUGAUAAAAAGUGUACACAUAAUGAUAGUGCUUAUGAAUCUACAACUACUCCUAUGAUGCCCACUACUGAAGCUGCAACUACUGUGAUCAGUCGGAAAUAGAGACACAUAAACCAGAACAUACUGAAACGAGUACCGCUGAAUCUGUGACUACUAUAGAAUCUACAACUACUGCUAAAUCUGUAACAACUACUGAACCCGUGACCACUGCUGAACCUUCAACUACUGUUGAACCAACAACUAAUUCCACACCAUCUCUUAACAAUGAAAAUAGCACCAAAGACAAUGAGAACACAAUUCCUGAAGAAACUACUCAACCUACAACUGCUACUACGAAUAGCACUGAAAAACUAAACACUACCUGCUCUCCUAAGCAAUGUGAUAUACCUACAACUUGGCAAACCACAGCAGUUGGAGAAACUAGAGACUUCGUACAAAUACUAAAGGAACGGUACGGUGAUAGACUUAAAAUUUUGAGGCACACCAGGAAUUAUCCGAAAUCUACAAAUUAUGUUAGACGAAGCAUGUUUUUUCGAGGUCGUCAUGUAGAAAAUUCUUUGGAAAACUUUCCUAUGUAAGAUGAAACUAACAAUAUAAUUUUAACUUAUAUCGUACCUAAGUACAUAUAUACAACGUUAUGUCAAAUGUAGUGUGGUCACUAUCCAAUGGAAUUCACAAUAAAGUUGCUAUCUUGAGUCACGCACAUU